UUUCCAAAAAAUUAUUUUUUAGAGGAUUUCGAAGGUUUUCAAAAUAAAUGCUAAAUUCUUCACAAUGUAUAUGCAUUAUACAUAUUCUGAUUCUCCCUGAUCAGGGCUACAUUUUGACUAUAAAAUAUUACGAUUUUAUCAGUAUUUUGAUAUUAUCCUUUGAUGAAUGAAACACACUGGCUAUGCAAAGGUGGGUGUGGGUGUGGUUGUGGGUGUGUUGCUGCAGUAUUAAUUCACACCAACACCCAACCACCCACAUCUGCACCCACACAUAUCCUUGUUGUUAUUUGCUCAAAAAAACUUUUCUUUCAUUUUUAGAGUACAUUACGGUUAUAUGAUGGUUCAAUAUUGUCAUCAACUCAAAAUGUUAUUGUUAUAUCAAUUGAAUAUCGUGUUGAUUCACUUGGUUUUCUUUAUUUGAGCACACCAGAUGCUCCGGGUAGUCAAGGUCUAUUUGAUCAACAAUUAGCAUUAGAAUGGAUUCAUAAAAAUAUAAGAAAUUUUGGUGGUUAUCCACAACGUAUUACAUUAUUUGAUGAGUCAGCUGGUGCUGUUUCUGUUGGUCUACAUUUAUUAUCACCAAAAUCACGUUCAUUAUUUAAUAAUGCUAUAUUAGAAAGUUCAGGUCCAACAGCUAAAUGGGCUGUUUUAACACCACAAAUAGCAAAAUAUCGUUCAGAAAAUUUUUUAAACGUGUUUACACGUUAUUUUACUGAACGUUAUGAAGCAGGUCCAAAUGAUAGUGAAUAUGCAUAUAUACCAAAACAAUGUCAAAAACGUUUAAAUACAAUAGAAGAAAAAUUUUUAUGUGUUAAAAAUUAUCCUAUAUUAAGUCAAACUCAUUUUCGUUCAUCAUGGACAUUAGAAUCAUAUAAUGGUGGUCCAAUUGGUUAUACAUUUGUACCAACAAUUGAUGGUGAUUUUAUACCAUAUGAUCCUGAACAAAUGUUAAUUAAAAAAGAUUUUAAAAGAUGUCCAAUUUUAUUAGAUGUUAACAAAGAUGAAGGUUCAUAUUUUAAUCUUUAUGUACCAUAUGGAAAUAUGAGUAUUAAUACACGGCCAUAUGUGGAUUAUAAAACAUUUAAACAUGCUAUUAAAGAAUAUUUUCAUUAUAUACCAACAUAUCCAACUGAACGAGCACCAAGGGUAUUAGAAAGUAUAUGACAAACUUAUACUAUAUGGAGUGAUUAUAAUAAUACAAUACAAAAUGCAAUUCAACUAAGCUUAGCUGUUGGUAAGACAUUGUUUACUAAAUCAUUCUUAUUGAAUAUCUUCGUGUUUUUUAGCUUGCUCAUUUAUCAUCAUUCUACAGAUGUAUAUUCAUCUGUUGAGAAAUAAAGAUACGAAUCGAUUAAUAUCAAAUAUAUGUUUAGUUUCUUAUUGAUCUGAAACUAUC